AUGAGCCGACCCUACAUCUUGCUGGCGCUCGCUCUCUCUUGGAUGUUCAGCUUCCACGUCCUGGCUGCCAACCUGGGUCGAGGACACCAACCUGGCGCUUCCUCCUCGAGCAUACAUCACACUGCGGUGGAGCAGGGAAACGCCGAAACGGCCGCGGGGAUUGUCGAAUCGAUCUACAAGCUUCCACAAGGACAUCUCAAGCCGGUCCGUGGUUACGAGCCAGGCCAGUACGACGCAUGGAGGGACCAUGUCAACUCGCCAGACUCUCGCUUUGUCGUUCUGGAAACGCACCGGCCAAACGACCCGCUUGUGCUGAGUCCGUUCUUCCGGUGGCAGCGUUCGCUCUUGUUUCUGCAGGUCCUGAGCACAGGGGAAGUGGUGCCGAUGGGCCAUGCAGUAGUGCCGGAGGGGAUUCCGCCCGGGCAUAUGAAGGACUUUUUGGAAACGAUACAGGAGGCGGCAACGACGUCGCAGCACGAGUUCGUGAACAAGUUUGGCGUUGAACGUCUAGUGGCGCCGAGAUUUUAA